AGGCCGUUAUCUUCCCGCGAAACACAUUUCCAGUCACACCCCACUUCUCUCUUCCCCUACCUACACAAAUGGCUUCAAUCUCACCCAUUGGAUCUCCACACCGACCCCUAACCUCAUCUGCCGGAAAAUCUCGCACCCCGGUUCGGCGCGGACCCCAGUCUCUUCUUUCUCUGGAAGCCUCUGAUUCAGCUGCAGGCGGUAUAGGUGGAAGCAGCAAUGUUGUUGACCGAAGAAAGAUUCUGUUUUCAUCGAUGGGGCUUGUGGCUGCAGCUGUCUGUAAUAAAAAUGUAGCCUUGGCGGCUCAAUUUGCAGACAUGCCGGCACUUAGGGGCAAGGACUACGGAAAAUCGAAGAUGAGCUAUCCGGAUUAUACGGAAACUGAAUCAGGUCUUCAGUAUAAGGACUUGCGAGCAGGAAAUGGCCCCAAGCCUAAAGUUGGGGAUACAGUAGUGGUUGAUUGGGAUGGUUAUACUAUUGGAUACUAUGGUCGCAUAUUUGAAGCUCGAAAUAAGACAAAAGGUGGUUCAUUUGAGGGUGAUGACAAGGCUUUUUUCAAAUUCAGAGUAGGAUCUCAAGAGGUGAUACCGGCUUUUGAGGAAGCUAUUACAGGCAUGUCUAUUGGUGGCGUUAGAAGGAUUAUAGUGCCUCCAGAAUUGGGAUAUCCGGACAAUGACUACAACAAGAGCGGCCCAAAACCAAAUACAUUUUCGGGCCAACGAGCCUUGGAUUUUGUGCUGGGGAACCAAGGGCUAAUAGACAAGACUCUUCUGUUUGAUAUCGAGCUGAUUAAGAUCAUACCAAAUUGAUUUCAUAUCAAUUCAAGAUCUUAUCUAUCAAGAGUACCUUAUUCUCUUCGGGAAUGCUGAGUGAUACUAAUCAAUUAGCUUCAGAAGCUGGAUUGUUGAAACUAGACAAGCAUAGAGCUCUUUUUCUAUGAAGCCAACCAAGCUCGUUACUUUUUCAAUUGCUUGAACUGGAAACUCGUCAGUGGUGGUAAAUAUCCCAUGAAUAAUGAGAAUGAAGAAACUGUCUAGUAUUGCCUAGUACCUACCUGCGUCAUCUUUCAGAUGUAAUAUACACUACUUU